AUGGCAAGAAGCUUCAUGACUUAUCUCCGGCAGACACAAGCCCGUCAUUACUUUCCAUUUGACCAUGUUGUUUCUAUCCACAUGAUUCUGGGAGCUGCCAUUCUAUUUUGGGCCUGUCUUCAUGUGGGAGGACACAUCUGUGAUGUGCAUCGCUUGGCUCUGGCAGAUGAAGAAGACAUCUAUGUGUUGUUUGGGGAAGAAAAUCUCCCAAAGAAUCCAUUGCCUGAAGAUCCAGGGGCCCGCUGGUCGAUGGUACUCUUCCAAACCCGUGCUGGAGUGACUGGCAUUUUCAUGGUUCUCUGCAUUCUUGUUGCUUAUCCAUUGAUCUAUGUCCGGCGUUCAUAUUUCAAUGCAUUUUGGACAAGUCAUCAUUUGCUCCUCCUCAUGCUGUUGGCCCUAUGUGUUCAUGGGACUGGGAACUUGCUGGAGCACUAUCAAUCGGUCUUUUGGCUUACCAUCCCCCUCGGUGUCUACUUGAUCCCGCGUAUUUGGCGAGAACCCCCUGCUAGCAAGACAGGUGUCAUUGGUGCAAAUGUCAAGCCAGGAGGGGCCUUGUGGCUACGGCUGGAGAAACCAGAAUCCUGGAAUUCACGAGUUCAUGCAGGCAUGUAUGCAGUCAUCAAUGUCCCUGCUAUGAGUCUCUAUGAAUGGCAUCCCUUCACCCUCACAUCAUCCCCAUCAGAGCCAUUCAUUGAGUUUCACAUUCGAAAUGCAGGUGACUGGACCAACAAGCUCCACAAGCAUGUCCAAAUGCUCCAUGAUGCCAGCUGCAGCAGGCACAGCAGUGAUGCUGACUAUCGUUUAGUCAUGGCCUCCACUACUGGCAAUGGAAUAGCUGGUAAAAAGUGA